CCAUUCCAGUGAUCAGCGCGUUGUUUAUUAUCUUCUCACCUCUAAGCUUCAUUACUCCACCCCUCUUCUUUCACUCGCGCACCUCGCUAUUCGCUUCCCACGCUCGUUACUACUCUCCCCCUCCCCCUCGACGUCUAGCAAGCCACCCUCAUCACCGUCACCGUCACCCCCCUGCAGUGAACGACCAUGUCCACUCCAACUCCAACAACAGACACUCCAACACCAACACCAACCGACUCGUCCACACCCACACCCACCACUUCCUCAGACACACCCACUUCUUCCGAUACUCCUACCAGCACACCCACCUCGAGUACACCCACCUCGACGACUGAGACGACUACGAGUACGACCAGUACUACAUCGACUACAUCCACGUCGUCGAGUUCGACAACCCCAACGAGCAGCACCACAAGCACUACCAGCAGCACUACAAGCUCAACAGGAAUAACCAGCGACACCAGUUCUACCCCAACCACUUCUGCCUCCUCUGCUUCGCAACCCGGCUCCGUCCUCGACCUACCCAACAGCGCGACCAAUACACCUUCUGCUACCCCGGGUCCCACCGUGCCCCCGGGCGGUACUACGUACAUAACCCAGACGACAAGUAAUGGACACGUGAUCACCCUCACUCAAGUGCUCAGUCCGACGGAUGGGAGUGCGAGCGGCAGUGUCUCGUUCUUUUCGAACAAGGGUGCGGUAGCGGGCGUGUUUGUCGUUCUUGGCAUCGCGGUGGCAGCCUUUAUUCUGUUCAUGUUCGUCUAUUGCCGAAAGAGGAGCAGGGCAAGGGCGUUCGAUCGGGAAGUUGCAGCGGCGGCGCACGCAGCAGCCGCAUCAGCAAGGAGAAAAAGGUUCGACGACGUCGACGAGGACAAGCCCCGCACCGCGCAUUACAUGACUCCGUCUAUGCGCGCCCAACAGACUGCGAACACGUCUGGCACGGGCUCCGACGUGCGGGCGAGCCAAGCUCCGGGGAUCGCGGGCUUUGGCACUGGACAGUCAUUCGCUGGUACUGCUGCUGCUGCCGGAGCGGCUGGCGCUGUCGCUGGUGCAGCCGGUGCAGCUGUAGGUACUGGCGAGGAGGCGCACCAACAACCUUUGGUGGACAUGGAAGAUACCGCCCAACAACAACAGUACGACUACUCGGCCUACGCAGCCCAGCAGGCGCAGUACGCACCCCAGUACUAUACCGACGCCAGCGGGCAGGUGUACGACCAGAAUGGCCAGAUGUAUGCGUACCCUUCGCAAGCACACGAUUUCCAAACACAGCAGCACGCAGCCCAGCAAGGCCAGUACGAGAUGUCGGACAUGCACGGAGAUCCACACAUGCCUUCGUACUACAACUACGACUCUCAGCCUAUCGCUCCUCAAGGGCAAGCGCAAGCAUACGGGAACUAUGGGUACGACCCCGCCCGUCUAGCGCCGGAUAGUUCCUGGGGCUGGGGCGCCCAGCCCCAGGUUGUUGGGCAGGGAGAGGUGACCGGAGUCGCGGGGCCACAGUAUGCGCAGUAUGGUCAUGCGGGGGAACAUCAGUCCCAAGUGGGACAUGUCGCAGAGGGGUAUACAGAGGGAGCUGGAGGAAGGAAGGACGUGGAGAGUGUGGUUGAGGAUUGGGGGGGACGGGGCGGACUGAGGGUCGCUAACGCCUGAUCGUCGCCUCUCUUGACCAAAAUGUCCAAUCGCGACUUGGAAUUUGAAUUGGAUCUUUCGACCUCCUCACAUUAAUCUACUUUCGCCCUCGAUUUCGACCGCUACUGCGACUGCCAAACGCGUUCCCCUCGACAACCCCCCCUCCCCCGCUCAAGUCAACAAGGGACGCCUUAAGUUGAAGUUGCGAGUCGAUCUCAGUUUCCCAUCUUGGACGGUUUGCCUUGCGGCAAACUGGAGCUUUGAGAUCGAGCUGAAGACAAAUCAGAUCUUGCCUGCCUAACCGGAACCCUCUCUCUUGUCAAUCUCGCAUAUUAUCUCAAGGCGCUUGGCCCAUCAAGUUUUCCCUCUUGUCUUUUCGACUGGAUGUUAUUUCGUCUACCGCCUUCCCUAACUCGGCAUGCCGUUCACGUGAAAGCAAUCGAAGAUCUUUCCGUCCGCUCGUUUUAGUCCACGUCCUACCCCUCGAUCCAAUCCAAUCCAAUGCCAUCCUCUGUUCCUCUGUUUCUCCUUUCCUCCUAUCAUCUGUUUCUUCCUCUCAUCUGUUCGUUCAUCUGUUCAUCGCGCUCGUCGUGUGCUGUCGCUCGUUACAACUUCCCUUCGUUUCUUUCUCCCUCUCCUUAUACUUGUUCUCUCUGUUCGUAACCUACUGUACCGGAAGCCUUAUGUCCCAUUUCCCCUGCCCCUGCCCCUGCCCCUGUCCCACUCCUGCGUGAAGUGCAGCCAGGCGGACCCUCGAAG